CCCCUUCGCCCUUCUGGAAGCGGGCAGCUGCACGUACGCUUGCUGCCCGCCGGGGUUGCUGCCGCAGCUUCGUUCCGGUGCGAACCCUGCCCAGCGAAGCGCCCGUCGGGUUGAUUUUCCCUUAAAAUUUGACAGUGGGAUCCUGGGAGUUGGUCUUGCGUGAGGCAGCAAGGUUUAAAAGCGUGGUGUGAGGUAACGUGCGUCCGAGUGGUGCUGAUGAGUCUCUUUCAAUCUACCACUAGAAGGUUGGUUUUCCAAGUAUAUUGUGGACUUAAGGCUUCUUCUUCAAAGAAACAGAAGUUUUGCUUGGAAAUGGCUCGUCCUAGUUCAAAUAUGGCUGAUUUUCGGGAAGCAUUUGCCAAAGCGAAGCAUAUAGCCGUUAUCACAGGAGCCGGCGUUAGUGCGGAGAGUGGAGUUCCUACCUUCAGAGGGGCUGGUGGUUUCUGGAGAAAGUGGCAAGCCCAGGAGCUGGCUACACCAGAGGCUUUUGCACGAAACCCUUCUCGUGUAUGGGAAUUUUACCAUUACCGCCGGGAAGUGAUGCUGAGUAAACAUCCAAAUCCUGCACAUAUUGCCAUUGCAGAGUGCGAAAGGCGACUGAGCAAGCAAGGAAGGAGCGUUGUGGUCAUUACUCAGAAUAUCGAUGAGCUACACAGAAAGGCAGGCACAAAGCACCUCUUAGAAAUUCACGGUAGUUUAUUUAAAACUCGGUGCACCAACUGUGGAAACGUGGCUGCGAAUUACAAGAGUCCAAUAUGCCCCGCAUUGGCCGGGAAAGGGGCUCCUGAUCCUGAAACAGAAGAUGCCACAAUUCCAGUUGAAGACCUUCCUCAGUGUGAGGAGGACGGCUGCAACGGGCUCCUCCGUCCCCACGUUGUGUGGUUUGGUGAAACCCUGGAUCCCAACAUUCUCACAGAGGUUGAGAAGGAGCUUGAGAUAUGCGACCUCUGCUUGGUAGUCGGGACUUCCUCCGUGGUGUACCCUGCCGCUAUGUUUGCCCCUCAGGUAUCCGCCAGAGGGGUGCCAGUUGCAGAGUUUAAUAUGGAAGCCACUCCUGCUACAAACAGAUUCAGGUUUCACUUCCCGGGCCCCUGCGGGACCACCCUGCCGCCGGCGCUGGCCCGCCACGAGACGGAGAUCAUCUCCUGAGCACCUCGGAGCGGCCGGCGGGGAAGCGCCGCAGCCCGGCGGGGGCAGAGGGAGGGCUGGGGAAGGGGGUGGGCGAGAGGAGGCGGCGGGUCUCCGCGGACUGUCCCCUCCCCUGCUCCCCACGGCAAUAAACGGGCGGCGGGAGCCCGGGGCGGGCAGCGCGGGCCCCGCCGCUGGCACCACAGGUA